AUGUAUCUCCGCGCAGACCACGCAGAAAACAGCAUCCCAGCUCUUCGCCAGCUCAUCAAGGACGACCCCCUCGGCGUUCUGACAACGGCCAUCCACUCUACUUCCGAACCUUUCAUCCAAUCCAGCCACAUCCCCUGGGUUCUGGAUGUGCAAGAUGACUCUAGCGAAACUGAGCUCGGCAUCCUGAGAGGACACAUGGCGCGGGCAAACCCCCAAAGCAAGACAAUCAUCGAGUCGUUAUCGGCCGACAACCGAACCGGGACCGGUAACGUGCUUGAUCAGGAAGUACUAGUUCUCUUCACGGCACCGACGCAUCACUAUGUAACACCGAAGUUCUACACCGACACCAAGCCAACAACGGGAAAAGUCGUACCGACCUGGAACUACGCCGCAGUGCAGGCAUACGGGCGCGCCAAGAUCUAUUACGAACCCAAGUCAGAGGAAACAUCCGCCUUUUUGACUCGUCAGAUUCACGAGCUCUCGCAGCAUGGAGAGACGUCGGUUAUGGGGUACACGGGCAAAGAUGGCCGCCCCGGACCGUGGGAAGUGGCGGAUGCUCCUGAGAAAUACAUUGAGCUUAUGAAAAAGGCGAUCAUUGGUAUUGAAAUCACUAUAGACAGGCUGCAGGGCAAGUUCAAGAUGAGCCAGGAGUCAGGCGAGGGGGACCGCGACGGGAUUGUACAAGGAUUCAAUGCCCUCGGGUCCGAGGUGGGCAGCAAGAUGUCAGACCUAGUUAAGGAGCGCGGUGAGCUCAAGAAGAGGUACAAGCAAUAA